UGAAACAGGAAUUUGAAACCACCCAUCACAAUGACAAUAUCCCCCUUCCCUCUAUCUAUCUGAGCUUUCUCACAGAAACCCAUCCACAGUCCACACCCACCACCACUACCCCAUGGCCUUCCCAACCGAACCCAUCUCCCACUUCCUCCAAUCCACCACUUCCAACCUCCUCUCCCUCCUCGCCUCCCAUAAAACGACGUCGCCUUCUCCAACCCCACCACCACCCCACCUCACCUCCAAAUUCUGCGUCCCACUCAUCCUCCCCCCCAACUCGCCCUUCGAUUCGGGCCUCUCCACCGUCAAGGGCGACGUCCCAUCGCCACCUUCCGAUUCAAGCCCCUCCUCCGCGUUCCCCUCGACGGUCAGGGUCUCCGGGCUCAACUCCACCGGCAAGGGCGGUGGGCCCGCCUUCGUGGGCCAGGUCUUCAGCAUGUGCGACCUCUCGGGGACCGGUCUCAUGGCCGUCUCUACCCACUUCGACAUUCCCUUCCUCUCCAAAAGAACACCCGAUUGGCUUAAGAAGAUGUUCGCAACGGUUACUAAGAGCGAAAGAAACGGCCCUGUGUUCCGCUUCUUCAUGGAUUUAGGCGAUGCAGUGGCAUACGUUAAAAGGUUGAACAUUCCUAGUGGCGUGGUGGGUGCCUGCCGUCUUGAUUUAGCAUACGAGCAUUUCAAGGAAAAGCCUCAUUUAUUCCAGUUUGUUCCGAAUGAGAAACAGGUCAAGGCUGCCAACAAGCUCCUGAAGACAAUCCCACAGAACAGCGGAAGCAAAAAGGUUGAUGGUGUUCCAGUUUUUAGUGCUCAAAACUUGGAUAUUGCAAUAGCAACUACAGAUGGAAUUAAGUGGUAUACUCCCUACUUCUUUGAUAAAGACGUGCUGGAUAACAUUCUUGAAGAAUCUGUUGACCAACAUUUCCAUUCUUUAAUUCAAACUCGGCACAUGCAGCGCCGACGAGAUGUUACGGAUGACAACCUUGCCGCAGAAGUAAUUGAAGAGAUGAGUGAUAGCUUGUGGGAGCCUCCAGAGGUUCAAGAACUGCUGGAUGAGAUGGGCAAUCCUGGAAUACCUUUGAGUGUUAUUUCAAAGGCUGCUGAAAUGCAGCUCCUUUAUGCAGCUGACAAAGUGAUCCUCGGUAACAGGUGGUUGCGGAAAGCCACAGGCAUACAACCAAAGUUUCCUUACAUGGUUGACUCAUUUGAGAAAAGGAGUGCAGCUUCUGUUCUGAGAGCAUUUGAGUCAACCAGCUGUCUUGCCAACUCUGAAGUGGAAAAUGAUAGUAAAGAUUCUCAACACCAAGGCACUUCAGAACUUACAUUAAAAGAUGAUAUUCAAGCGGACCGACACAAACCCGAUUUCAGGUUGCCUUUUGAAGGUUUGUUUAGUCGUCUGUGGUCAAAAAAGUCAUACCAAAUGGAAGACUCACCAAGGGAAUGCAUAAAACAAAACCUACAGCCGACUCCAUUUCUUCCAAAGAUUACAAUGGUUGGAAUCUCAACUGGGGAAGCUGGCCAGAUGAGCAAAGCCAGUUUAAAGAAGACAAUGGAGGAUCUAACAAAAGAGUUGGAGCAGACAGAGCAGGGAAAUGCCAUAGGUAGUAGUAGUAGUAGUAGUAGUAAUGAGUUCAAAAUUGAAGAUAGGGAUCCACUUUUUGUGGCAAAUGUGGGCGAUUACUAUUCUGGCAUGGCAAAGACUGGUUCAGCUAGAUGGGUUCGUGGUAGAAACAUUUAGAGGAACCCUGAUUAAGGAGAUAAUUGCUUUUGCUGGAAUCAAUUGUGAAUAUUUGUUUCUAGAACAAAUACUCCCUCCCCUGACAAAAAGAAGGCAAAGCAAAGAAGUUAUAUGGUAACACCAUUGUUUUGGAGGCCAUAUUUCUUGCUUGGAUAGCAGCAGCUUCUUGGGUGUCUGUCCAAGUGGAUGCAUUAUGUCUGCCUUAACGUUUUGCCAUCUGAUCAAUGUUGUGAGGUGAUUAUCAAUAGAUAUUGAUUGUCAUUUAGUUGAAUUUUGUAUUGUUAGAUGCUUGUAAAGCAGAAUGAGUUUAGAAGUAAAAAAUAAUAAUAAUAAUAAUCCUUGCUGUUGCCUUGUCAAUCCUCAUGGUCCUGGAGACGAGUGAGGAAUUUUUGGAGGAAUAGGGCUUCCUUGUAUUAUAAUGCUUUUACUAUUGAAAGUUGUGUAAUAAGCUUGACUUUUUUACCCUCUUACAAAGGUGUUCAAAUUGUUCAUA